AGUAAAGACUAAGCUUGGUUGUUUAGUAUGGCGCAGUGGAUAACACCGCCGCCUGCUUAUGAGCUACCACAUCAUCAUGUGGAAAACUGGGUUUCAAUUUCCGGUCUGGGUGACUAUACUAUGAUACACCAAUACAAGUCCUUGGGAAAAGUUCCUAACACUACAUUGGCUCAUCUCUGUAAUAGAAAUAAGCGAAAGGCAAAAGCCAAAAGUGUAAAUGUAAAAUGUAAAUGCACUUCUUGAAUGUUCUCAUCUUAGUUUUCCUUUCAGCGUUAAAUUUCCAUUCAAAAAAUCUUUAGGAGUCUAGUAGGUCUUUAUCACUAGCAGUAGGGUUACUGUGUAGCUUAUUUCUGGUGGUAUUUGAGCUGAAAGUAUUGAGGAUCUGCAGUCUGUGAUCUUUACAGGCCUUGGAUGUUAUGAGAAAAAAACCUAGUUGUUGUGGAUAAAAGCAUCUGUUAAAUGCUUGUUAAAAUUAAAACCAAGCAAAAAAAAAAAAAACAGCUAAAAACAUGCUGAAGAUUCUAACACACCUUCGUGGAGACUACUACAGCUCUGCUGCAAGACCCCAACAUACAUGUAUACAGGUGUUUUAUCAUUUAGGUGGAAUUGUCCCUUUUUAAUGUGCAUCCAUUACUGACACCUGUGUUCAGUUGUGCCCAUGCAGCAGCUUGUGUGAUAUAUAAUCUUCAUAGCAAAACUCUGGACACUUGGAACAGGAUUCCCUAUAUUAAAGCUCUGUGCAAAAUGCUAAACCUCAGCUAGAGCCAGAGGUGCUGUAAGGUUCUCUGUGGUGAUGCAGAAUCUUUAUUCAGUAUUAUCUUUGGGAUGAGUUUUAGUGGCAGAACUAAUGCUCCAUUAAUAACACCUGACCUCACUGUUGCUCUUACUGUCUUAUGGCUGAAUGCCAUCACUUAAGUUACUUCUCACAGCAAUGUUCCAACAUCUAUUCUAAACCCCUCCCGCAGCACGUGGUGGGGUGUACUGUUUUUGUUUUUUUUUGUAUUGUGUACUGUGAUGCUGUGGCGUUUCCUCCGCAGCUGAUUGGUCAGUAGGGUAAUUAAAUCAGGUGACGUCUCCGGGCGCUUUUCUGAAAAGUAGGGAUGAGGUCCGGAGGUUCAUUCAGUCAGCGGUCAGGGCUGCUGCCUGUAGCCGGAGAGAAGCCUUGCCAUGCCGGACUCCACGCUGCCCGUGCCCCGCCGCCUCGCCUACGCGGUGGGACACUUUCUGAACGACCUGUGCGCGUGCAUGUGGUUCACCUACCUGCUGGUGUACUAUCACUCCGUGCUCAGCUUCCGGGACACGAGCGCGGGGCUGCUGCUGCUGGUGGGGCAGAUGGCGGACGGGAUCUCCACCCCGCUGGUGGGAUACGAGUCCGACCGGACCCGGGGCUGCGGGACCUACGGCAAGAGGAAGACCUGGCACCUGAUCGGGACUGUCAGUGUCAUGCUGUCUUUUCCCUUCAUCUUCAAUCCCUGUGUGGGUUGCGGCGUGGGAACGCCUCAGUGGGUGGGGCUUAUUUACUUCAUGCCCUUCAUCAUCGUCUUCCAGUUCGGCUGGGCUGCGACACAAAUCUCCCACCUGUCGCUCAUCCCUGAGCUGGUCACCUGUGAACACGCCAAGGUUGAGCUCACGGCCUACAGGUACGCUUUCACCGUGAUGGCCAACAUCACCGUAUAUGGCGUGGCCUGGCUGUUGUUCCACUUCCAGCACCUUGCCGACCCCUCUGUAGCUGAUCACUUGAGUCAGGUGGACAUCCCCAUAUUCAGGGAUCUGGCGCUGAUCGUGUUGGGUGUUGGUGCUAUCUUCACACUCAUCUUCCACAUGGGAACUCAGGAGAGAGUGCCGCUGCGGGACGAGACGGGGGAACGCCACCCCCUGCUGCCUGACUUCAGCUCCGGCUCCGGCUCCAGGACUCUGCUGCAGUGGAAGCACUGGUUUACUGAACCCUCCUUUUACCAGGUGGCUCUUCUUUACAUGUGCACCCGACUGAUCGUCAACCUCUCUCAGACCUACAUCUCAAUGUUUCUGAUCAAUUCUUUACUACUACCAAAGAAAUACAUUGCCACCAUUCCGCUGGUGAUCUACGUCAGUGGAUUCGUGUCCUCUCUGGGCAUGAAGCCUGUCAGCAAACGAAUCGGUACCACAAUGACGUAUUUUCUAGGCUUGAUGCCCAUCCUGGGCUUUGCUGUCUGGGUGCUGCUGGAUCUGCAGAUGGGCUCCCGGGUGUUUGGAGCCGCCGUACUGCUUGGAUCCGGCUCUGCCGUUAUCCUGGUCAUGUCCCUGUCCAUGACUGCUAAUCUGAUUGGAGAUCAGACGCAAAGUGGGGCAUUUGUGUAUGGAGCGAUGAGCUUUACAGACAAGGUGUCCAACGGACUUGCGGUCAUGCUGAUCCAGGGCCUGUAUCCCUGCCGGACGCUGGUUUGUUGUACUGGGUGCAUGCAGUUCUACCACAUUGUCAUGGUAACGGUAACCGGAGGCGUGGCUAUCAUUGCUGGUCUCUGUCUCAGCACCAUGAUUUUCUGGCCAAUCAGGAUUCGCAGACACUGAGAGGAAAGUGUUCACCAGCAGGAGGUCUUCUUUCUGAACAGGGCAGGUCUGAGUCUGACUGACCGCAGGCUUGGUGGAGAGAUAGCAGGAGAACAUGGAGAACAGAAGCUUCAGUGUGUUUGGGAACAACACGUCGUGCUCUGUGGCGAGUGACCGCAGGACGCAGGGCAUUCUCUCUCUCUCUGCUCAGGACUUCUAAUAACACACAACUAUGAGGAGGCGGGACGACAUGCGGUCAUGAGAGUCCUGCCUCAGCACAGUUUAUUUACAUCCCGCUUAUUCUCCUUACCAGUGUGUGAUGUUUGGAUUUUAAUAGGAGCCAAAUCAGUUUUUUUGUAUAUGAAGAUGAUCUAUAGACAAAUAUGGAAUAUUUAUGUUUUAUGUGUUUUUAAAUCUGAUUGUAAAAAUGCCCUCUGGUGGUCGAAGAAACCCAGAAGAGAUUCUUAAUUGGAGACCCUCCUCUAGGGGUAAUGGAGGACGUGUAUUUAUUUAUCAUGUGUUCUGAUGCCAACCUUCUAGAGAAGAUUUUUUUUGUACUGUACAAUAAUUCAUGACAAUAAUAAAGGUUUAUUUUAAA